AUGGCCGACCUCGAGGGAAACGUGUCUGAGGACUCGUUUGAGUUCAUUGACACGCCUGCUGCGCCCAGCCCUGAACCGCCAGCAGAAGACUAUGGCUACCCGGCCAUCAAGAAUGCUCCCCUUCCCGCCGACGGUGCCAGCAGUGAGACCUUCAGCAACUAUCUCCUCAUAGCCCUCCUCACCUUACUCCCACUGUACUGCUCCUGGAAGCUCGGCGGCGGCCUCAAAACAUGGAUACUCUUCGCCCUGAUCAUGGCGAUUCCCAUCCUUAUGGCCUUUUGGACAAUUGCUUCCAGCAUGUCUCCGCGCAAGAACGAGAAAGCGAGAUUGCCCGGCAAGCCCAUCGAACACUACCUCACAUUUCACUCCGAGGAAGACCGGGACAAGUACUACGGACGCAGCAAGAUUCCAAUGGAGACAUUCCACGAGAUGUACUUCGACGGGAAAGUCGACUUCAAUGGUGACUGCCUCGAUAUCAUGGAAUACCGACAUGAUUGGGCGAGCUUUAGGUUCACGCUGUCGCUGUUCUGGUUCUUCCUGACCGGGAUGAUGCCAGAGGUUAUCAUGCAUACAAGGUCGCAAGACGAAGAACAAGUCCGCGACCACUAUGACCGCGGCGACGACUUCUACGGCUGGUUCCUCGGCCCGCGCAUGAUCUACACCUCGGGCAUAAUCUCCGACAUCAACAAAGAAGAAACCCUCGAGCAACUCCAAGACAACAAGAUGGCCGUCGUAUGCGAAAAGAUCCAACUCCAGCCCAACGAGUCCGUCCUCGACAUCGGCUGCGGCUGGGGCACCCUCGCCAAGUUCGCCAGCACCAACUACGGCGCCCGCGCCACGGGCGUCACGCUCGGCCGCAACCAGACCGCCUGGGGCAAUGCGGGCCUCAGAAAAGCCGGCGUCCCUGAGGAGCAGAGCAAGAUUCUUUGUAUGGACUACCGCGACAUUCCUGUCCCGGAGGGUGGCUACGACAAGAUCACCUGCCUUGAGAUGGUCGAGCAUGUAGGCGUGCGCCAUCUUUCGACUUUCUUGCGCCAGGUGCAUGACAUGCUGGACGACGAUGGUGUGUUCUUCUUGCAGUAUGCCGGGCUCAGGAAGAGCUGGCAGUAUGAGGAUCUUAUAUGGGGUCUUUUCAUGAACAAGUAUAUCUUUCCUGGCGCGGACGCGAGCACGCCGCUCGGCUGGUUUGUGGACAAGCUUGAGGGCGCUGGAUUCGAGGUUAAGAGCAUUGACACCAUCGGCGUGCAUUAUUCCGCGACGCUGUGGAGGUGGUAUAGGAAUUGGAUGGCGAAUAAGGAAAAGGUGGUUGCCAAGUAUGGCAACAGGUGGUUCAGGAUAUGGGAGUUCUUCUUGGCAUAUUCGACCAUCAUCUCAAGGCAGGGGAGUGCUACGUGUUUCCAGAUCACGUUGGUCAAGAAUAUCAACUCGACGCAUCGGAUUGAGGGCGUGCCGAGUCAGUACGGGUUGCAUGGCGCUCUAGCUGCUUCCAAGGCGAAGGUGAACAAGGAGUAG